UUUUCAGCGUUGUGCAGCUGCGCAGAACCAAACACAUCCCUUUAUACACACACACACACACACACACACGAGUAAUAAACACAGUGAGGAGCUGUGCGGAGAUUUCACACACACACACACACACACACACACACACUCCAGAAUGGCGGAACCGGCUGAGAGAGCGUACUACCGGUUCGUGGUGCUGUUCUUUAACUGCAUGCUGACAUUCGGCUCGUAUUUCUGCUUCGACAUCCCCAGUGUCCUACAGCAGCAGUUCCAGGGGAACCUGACGUGUGUGAACUCCACGCUGGGGAAUGGGACGGAGUGUGUGGAGGGACUCGGGAUGACACCGCAGGAGUACAACCUGCUGUACGCCAUCUACGCAUGGACGAACGCUGUGGUGGUGAUCAUGGCAGGAUUCCUGAUCGACAAACUGGGCAACCGCUUCGGCGUGUUCCUUUUCUCCUUCCUGUGUGUGUUAGGUUCCUCCAUCUUUGCGUUAGGUUCUCAUUUUAAAGGAUCUCCAUACCUGCUGCCACUCAUGCUGACGGGUCGCCUGCUGUUCGGCUCCGGGAACGGCUCUCUGACCAUUGUACAGAACAGGAUCACAGCGUUCUGGUUCAGAGGGAAGGAGUUAGCUUUAGCAUUCGGUCUCACUCUCGCCUUCUCUCGACUCGGCUCCGUCCUCAACUUCUUCCUCACUCAGCGCUUCGAGGCUCAGUAUGGCAUGCAGUGGACACUGUGGGGGGGUACGCUGCUGUGUGUGCUGGGUUUCCUCUCUGCUAUAACAGUCAGUGUUCUGGAUAAAGUGGGCAUGAAACAGCUCGGACUGGACGGAGCGAUACAGGAGGAGUCACGCAAAGUGAGGGUGCAGGAUGUGCGUUUGCUCUCUCUGCGUUACUGGUUGCUGGUUUUCACCAUCAUGUUCUUCUACAAUGGCAUUUUCCCCUUCAUCGCCGACGCCAGUAAGUUUAUCCAGGAUAAGUAUGAGGGUUACUCUCAGAAGCAGGCGGCCUACAUCGCGGGUGCUGUGUAUGACAGCUCACUGGUGUUAUCAGCUGCUGUGGGCAUUCUCAUUGACUACGUGGGCCUGCGUGGUGUGUUUGCCGUAUUGUGUGCAGUGUGUACGCUGCCUGUGUUUGGGUUGUUGGCCUUCACUUUCGUCCCUCCGCUCAUCUCCACCAUCUGGCUCGGGAUCACCUACUCCUUCGCCGCAGCGAGUAUGUGGCCCUCCAUCCCCCUGGUGGUUCCCCGCUCCACUCUCGGGACAGCGAUGGGUUUGGCAACGUCGGUGCAGAUGAUCGGGAUCGGACUGUGUAACCUCAUUGUAGGAGAGAUAUUGGGGGAGAAGAACAGCGACGUUAAGAUUCCUCUAUGGCGAUGGCAGAGAAUGAUGAUCUUCAUGUUAGCAAACACCAUCGGCUGCAUCAUCACGUCUACUGUACUGAACAUCAUUGACCGGAGAGAGGGAGGUACGCUGAAUAAGAUGACGAAGAGGUCAGCGGUGCAGGACUCUGAGGUUCAGACAGACAGAGAAGCACUCAUCACCAGUGAAGAGGAGACAGGAGAGAGAGACAACUCCAACAUCAACACUUAAACCUGUCUGUCUGUCUGUCUGUCUUUGUACCUGUCUCUCUCUCCCUAUCUGUGUCUCUGCCUGCCUGUCUUUCUCUCUGCCUAUCUUUCUCUCUGUUUGUAUCUCUGUCUUUCUUGUUGUCUUUGUCUCUCUUUUUGUCUCUCUCUCUCCCUCUGUAUCUCUCUGGCUGUCUUUGUGUCUGUCUCCCUACAUGUCUCUCUCUGUCUGUCUCUCUCUCUCUACCUGUCUGUCUCUCUCUCUUUCUCUCACAAAUGGAUGUGAAAGGGAAACGUGUGUGUGUGUGUGUGUGUGUGUGUGAGUGAUCAUAUAUCAUUACCGUUAUGAUGUGAGGAAAAUAUUUCAAAUUUAAGUUUUUAUUUAAGGUUUGUAACAUUGUUAUAUUAAUACUGUAUAAUUUGCACAACUCUAAUGAUACAGAUUGAUUUCAGGUGUAAUUGUGUAACAGGUGCAUGACAGGUGUGUGUGUGUUUUAAAGCUGACAGUGUUCUCAUUUAUAAUUACACUUGAUUUGUUAAACCAGGAUCAUGUCCUAUUAUCACCAGAAUUUGAACUUUUAUAUUAUGGAAUAAAAUUUUCUGAUAUAAACUGA